AACGGCCUGAUCACAGUUUCUCGGUUUGUUUCCCCGGUGCCAUGUCCGCGCCCCACAGACUGCAAUUCCGACAGCCCUGCCUUGGGAAGGGGCGCAGACAUGAAGCGGGCAGAAGGAUUGGGGACUGAUCAGAGACUUGCAACAGUUGAGUUCCCACCUGGUUCCCCGCUUGCAACAGCCCCCUGGAAGUGUGCCAUCAAUUUCUGCCACGUCUUUUCUAUGUUUUUAGGUAGAGCAGCGUCCGCCUCCACCCUUUGCCGCUGGGCGGUGAGUACCGAUACAAUCUCCUCUGACUGUGUGUGUGCGUGUGUGAGACGUUCGCACUUGUCCGGGUUUGGAUCCCCUGCGAGUGAAGUUCUGGUGGGGAAAUGGGACUGAGGGUGAACGGAUGGUACCUGAGCAGACUUUGCGGCGACGCCGAGCUGGUCCGGGAUGUGGUACGCUUUGGGAAGGAGAGUUGCAAGCUUGGCUGGGGCACCAGGGGUCAGCCGCGGGGCUCCGGCACCACCGGACUGAGGACCGUGUGGGUCAGCUCGCCACACCCCGCCGCCACCUCCUCCACCACCUCCUGCCUUCUGCACCGUAGCGGGACCCGGCGAAGCCUCCACUCCUCUCCCCCUUGCCCGGCCGCUGGUGCAGCCUACGAGGACGCAUUUCGCAAGUCUGUCGAGGAACCACAAGAGUUUUGGAGUGAAUGUGCGCAGCAGAUCGACUGGUUUAAACCAUGGCAAAAAACUCUGGAUUAUUCAAACCCGCCUUUUGUGCGUUGGUUUGUUGAUGGUGAACUUAACGUCUGCUAUAAUGCGCUAGAUCGUCACGUUGAAAAUGGACGAGGUGACCAAAAUGCCAUAAUUUAUGACAGCCCAGUUACUAAGACUGUGCAAUCCAUUACUUACAGAGAAGCUUUGGAACAGGUUUCCAGGUUGGCCGGUGUCCUGGUCAAACAUGGAGUACAGAAGGGUGAUCGAGUUGUCAUUUAUAUGCCAAUGAUCCCUCAGGCAAUGUACACGAUGCUGGCCUGUGCCAGAAUUGGAGCCACGCACAGUCUGAUAUUUGGCGGCUUUGCAUCAAAAGAGCUUGCUACCCGCGUGGACCAUGCUAAGCCAAAACUGAUUGUGACAGCAUCAUUUGGUAUUGAGCCAAAAAGAAGAAUAGAAUACAUACCAUUGCUGGAGAAAGCUUUGGAAAUCGCUGAACACAAGCCAGAUAAAGUCAUAAUCUACAAUCGCCCUGGUAUGGAGAAAGUUCAUUUGACUUCUGGCUGUGAGCUAGACUGGGAUGAAGAGAUUUCUGCAGCUAAAUGUCACGACUGCGUCCCAGUGUCUUCAGACCAUCCCUUGUACAUCCUCUAUACAUCAGGAACGACGGGAAUGCCAAAGGGAAUCGUUCGUACAUCUGGUGGAUAUGCCGUAAUGCUUAAUUGGACUAUGUCAAAAGUGUAUGGCCUCAAGCCUGGUGAGGUCUGGUGGGCUGCUUCUGAUCUGGGCUGGGUAGUUGGACAUUCUUAUAUUUGCUAUGCGCCUCUUCUUCAUGGCAAUACAUCUAUUUUGUAUGAGGGCAAGCCGGUUGGGACCCCCGACGCGGGAGCAUAUUUCCGCCUCUUAUCUGAUCAUGGAGUCGCAGCUUUAUUCACUGCACCAACGGCACUGAGAGUAAUUCGGCAGCAAGAUUCUGAUGCCAUGCUUGGAAAACAGUACCAUUUCCCAAGAUUCCGCACUUUGUUUGUGGCUGGGGAACACUGCGAUCCAAAUACUUUGAAAUGGGCCAAACAAGUCUUCAAAGUUCCUGUUCUAGAUCAUUGGUGGCAAACAGAAACUGGAUCACCAAUAAGUGCAUCUUGUGUAGGUCUGGGGAAUUCUCUAAAUCCUCCACCAGGACAAGCUGGAAGGCCUGUUCCAGGAUAUAAUGCUGUAAUUCUGGGCAAAGAUGCGAAAGAAGUGAACCGAAAUAAACUGGGGAAUAUUGCAAUCAAGUUACCUUUGCCUCCGGGUUCAUUGUCAACACUUUGGGAAAAUGAAAAGUUGUUUAAAGAAAUUUACUUUACUAAAUAUCCUGGUUACUAUGAUACAAUGGAUGCUGGCUAUAUGGAUAAUGAUGGAUAUGUAUAUGUCAUGUCUCGUAUGGAUGAUGUGAUCAAUGUCGCAGGUCAUAGAAUUUCAGCUGGUGCCAUUGAAGAGUCGAUUAUCACUCACCCAGCAAUAGCAGACUGUGCUGUGGUGGGGUUCGAGGAUCCCGUAAAGGGACAUGUUCCACUAGCCUUGUGCGUUUUAAAAAACGGUAUAGCCGAGUCAUUUGAAAAACUUACAGAAGAAAUUGUUAAAAUUGUUCGGGAUUCCAUUGGUCCAGUCGCUGCAUUGAGGAAAACAGUUUUUGUCCCAGAGUUACCAAAAACUCGCUCCGGCAAGAUACCUCGUUCUGCACUUUCAGCAGUUGUAAAUGGCAUACCUUUUUCAAUAACACCCACCAUUGAAGAUCCUAGAGUUUUUUCAAAAAUCGAAGCUAUUUUGAAACAGCAAAAAGUGAUAUCUUAACUUGAGAGCAAUAUGAAGCAACAUGACUGCCCCCCCCCCUCUCUCUCAAUGUUCUUAUGCAGCAAAUUACUGAAUGUGAUAAGAACUGAUUUUAAACCACAUAGUGUAAACUUUAAUUUCUAUAAUGGUGCCAUACUGAAAAGCUUCAAUGUAAUAGGUUUUAUCCAUAAUAUUGCAAUGUUUGUAUUUUUGACCAUGCCUCGAGGAUGAAUAGUUAAUGAAAUUAACGAUUUGUAAUGCUGGAGGGAGUGUUUAACAUUUUAGCAAUAAAAUUCUUUAAAGGAUUAUGGAAUAAAAUUCCAUAAAAAUAUCAAACAUAAAUAAAUAAAGCCACUGUUUAAAGUAUGACUUUUUAAGAGGUAACCUCGAA